CCCUCCUUCGGUGGAGGCGGGGCGUGCGCUGAGUUAAGUGAGGCCCAGGCCCUCGGCUUCUUCUAAGCUGAGUCAUGGACUGGUCGCACGCUGGCACCCGGCUGCAGUUGGUUCUGGGACACCUCUGCCGUCCCUCGGCCCCAGCCAUCGUAACACACCUCACGUCAGGGACUAUUUCCCCUGCUAGUUUCCACCUUCAACAAUUCCAGUAUACCUUAGAUAACAAUGUCCUAAGCCUGGAGCAGAGAAAAUUUUAUGAAGAAAAUGGGUUUCUUGUCGUUAAAAAUCUGGUAUCUGAUGAUGAUAUUCAACGCUUUCGGAAUGAGUUUGAAAAAAUUUGCAGGAAGGAGGUGAAACCGGUGGGGUUGAGUGUAAUAAGAGAUGUGACCAUUGCAAAAUUGGGCUAUGAGCCCAGUGAGAAAGUGGUUUUGAAGAUCCAGGAUUUCCAAGAAAAUGAGGAGCUCUUUAGAUACUGCACUCUCCCCCAGGUUUUGAAAUAUGUGGAGUGCUUCACUGGACCCAAUAUUAUGGCCAUGCACACAAUGCUAAUAAACAAACCUCCAGAUUCUGGCAAGAAGACUUCCCGGCAUCCCUUGCAUCAGGAUCUACACUAUUUCCCCUUCCGGCCCAGUGAUCGCAUUGUCUGUGCUUGGACUGCCAUGGAGACCAUCAACAGGAAUAACGGCUGUCUGGUUGUGCUCCCAGGCACUCACAAAGGCACCCUGCAGCCACAUGAUUACCCCAAGUGGGAGGGGGGAGUUAACAAAAUGUACCACGGCGUCCAGGACUGUAAGCAGGAUGGCACCCGGGUGCACCUGGUGAUGGAGAAGGGGGACACUGUUUUCUUUCAUCCUCUGCUCAUCCAUGGAUCUGGUGAGAACAAAACUCAAGGAUUCAGGAAAGCAAUUUCCUGUCAUUUCGCCAGCGCUGAUUGCAACUAUAUAGACGUGAAGGGUACCAGUCAAGAAAACAUUGAAAAGGAAGUUGUAGAGAUUGCUCAUAGAGCCUUUGGGAUUGAAAGUAACAUCGACUUCAAGGAUGUUUGGAUCUUACGAGCUCGACUUGUGAAAGGAGAAAGAACUAACCUUUGAAAUAACCCUUCAAGAGCCAGGUGCGGUGGCACAUUUGUAAUCCCAAUACUCAAGAGCCCAAGACAAGAGCAUCUGAAGUUCGAGGAUAGCCUGGGCUACAUAGCAAGAUACUGUCUCAACUCCCACUCCCCAAAACAAAGCAAAAAGAAUUAUUCCUUCAUUAUAACUCUUUUAAAAAGCAUCAAAAUAAAACAAGAAAUCUAAGGAGAAUGUUUUCACAUUGAGAUGAUAUAUCUAUCCUUUCGAUCACUUGUUAACAAAAUCAAGAAACGGGUAUUGGGGAGUUAAUUGCAUGGAGUUAAGUUUGCAUUUUUAUUGCUUUAGUGGAAGCCAAAAACAGUGAAAGUGAAAUAUUGCUGUUUUAAGAAAACCUUGUAGUUAUAACUAAUAAAGGUGACAGUGUAAUUUAAGCAUA